GCUUAUGUGGGCAGGAAGGAACGGCCAGGGGUUCAGGAACGCGUGUUCCUGCACGGCCGCGUUCUGUAAAGAGUGACGGGCCGCCGCAGGGACGGAGGACGGGUCCGCGGGGAAGCCCGGAGUGCGGUGGGUGGGGUCCCCACGGCGCCGCGUGCGCGCUCGGCGGCUGCGGGGCGGAGCGGACCCCACCGGCUCGGCCCGAGAGGCUGCGGGCGCCAUGUGCCCCGGGCUCCCCGUCCUUCUGCUGCCGGUCUGGCUCUGCUGGGCGCUGGGCACCCGGGGCUCGAGUCCCCGCAGCGUGAACGAUCCCGGGAACAUGUCCUUUGUGAAGGAGACGGUGGACAAGCUGCUGAAAGGCUACGACAUCCGCCUGAGACCCGACUUCGGAGGCCCGCCGGUGUGCGUGGGGAUGAACAUCGACAUCGCCAGCAUCGACAUGGUCUCCGAGGUCAACAUGGAUUAUACUUUAACCAUGUAUUUUCAACAAUAUUGGAGAGAUAAAAGGCUCGCCUACUCUGGGAUCCCUCUCAACCUCACGCUUGACAAUCGAGUAGCUGACCAGCUGUGGGUGCCCGACACCUAUUUCUUAAAUGACAAAAAGUCAUUUGUGCACGGAGUGACAGUGAAAAACCGCAUGAUUCGGCUACACCCUGAUGGGACGGUGCUGUACGGGCUCAGGAUCACCACCACGGCUGCGUGCAUGAUGGACCUCAGGAGGUACCCGCUGGAUGAGCAGAACUGCACUCUGGAAAUUGAAAGCUAUGGCUACACCACAGACGACAUUGAGUUCUACUGGCGUGGCGGGGACACGGCUGUCACUGGAGUGGAGAGGAUUGAGCUCCCACAGUUCUCCAUUGUGGAGCACCGACUGGUCUCAAGGAAUGUUGUCUUCGCCACAGGUGCCUAUCCCCGACUCUCGCUGAGCUUCCGGUUGAAGAGAAACAUUGGCUACUUCAUUCUGCAGACGUACAUGCCCUCCAUACUGAUCACAAUCCUCUCGUGGGUGUCCUUCUGGAUCAAUUACGAUGCAUCUGCGGCUCGAGUCGCCCUCGGGAUCACAACCGUGCUGACCAUGACCACCAUCAACACCCACCUUCGGGAGACCCUGCCCAAAAUCCCCUACGUCAAAGCCAUCGACAUGUACCUCAUGGGCUGCUUCGUCUUUGUGUUCCUGGCCCUUCUGGAGUAUGCCUUUGUCAACUACAUUUUCUUUGGAAGAGGCCCUCAAAGGCAGAAGAAGCUUGCUGAGAAGACAGCCAAGGCGAAGAAUGACCGUUCCAAGAGGGACAGCAACCGGGUGGAUGCCCAUGGAAACAUUCUGCUGACGUCGUUGGAGGUUCACAACGAGAUGAAUGAGGUUGCGGGCAGCGUUGGUGACACCAGGAAUUCAGCAAUAUCCUUUGACAACUCAGGAAUCCAGUACAGGAAACAGAGCAUGCCCAGGGAAGGGCACGGGCGGUACAUGGGAGACAGAGGCAUCCCGCACAAGAAGACCCACCUACGGAGGAGGUCUUCCCAGCUCAAAAUUAAGAUCCCCGAUCUAACCGAUGUGAAUGCCAUAGACAGAUGGUCCAGGAUCGUGUUUCCAUUCACUUUUUCUCUUUUCAACUUAGUUUACUGGCUGUACUAUGUUAACUGAGUGACUGUACUUGGUUUUUCAAAGACUUCAUUUAACACUGAGUGAAAUAUUACCCUGCCUGUCAAGUUUUUAUACUUGUACACACACAGACGCACACACGCAGACACACACAUACAUACGCAAUUGUAUAUAUAUGUGAACUUUCUCAGCAUAUAUAUAAAAUACACGUGUAUAUGAGGAUGUAUGUGUAUAUGUUUAGACACACAGGUGUAAGCACCCAUGUGUAUGUCUAUAUAUACACAUACAUAUAUACAUUUUGCAGCUAUGGACAUUUUAACACAGGAUACAUAUUAAAGAGCGUCAUAGUUUUUUCUUUUUAAUUGAAAGGGACAAGUAUCAUCUAAAUAUUAUGCCUUGAGAGUGAGGGCGUGAAACACAAUGCCAUCCCAAAAGUGUGUCUUUUAGUAUCAUAAGUUAGAUGUUUUAGUUUAAAACUCAGAAAGACAUUCUUAGUUAAAUUUUGGAAACUCAUACAGUGACACUGCUUGUUUAAUACGAGUCACACACUUCAGAUCCUCUUUCAGUUUACCAAGCAAAGGCUUGUUGGCUUUCCUGGUGACUGGUUUUGUUUCAUCGGGUGUACUUUCUCUGCAGUGGUUAGCAGAUGGAGUGUUUGCCUGUUGUCUUAAACGUAGGUAGAUCCCAUGUUGAUGUCCUAACGUCCACCUUUGGAAAUCGCAUUGGGAGUGAAUGGCAUCUCAUUGUAAGUACUCUACUACCCUGAAUGUAUAGGGUUUUUCUCUUCACUUGGAGUGGAUCCAGCCUAACUGUCAUGUGGGAACACAGUUGCAUGUUUUGGUAACGGCAUUUCAAUCACUGAAAACAUGUUCUACAUCUCGUCUGGAUUUCUAGGCCUGAUAUCUACAGAAAGCAUAGAUGUCUCAGGUUCUUUGUUACUCUAAGGUAAAACCAUCUAGGAUGAUCUCCCCCUUGCAGUUAUGUUAUCAAUCAUUCUUAUAACAUUGUAUGUUAAUAUAAAAUAUAUUUGCAUAAUAUGCAUACAUAUGUAUAUUUACCCAGAUUUUGUUUCUUAUGCUUGCUAUCAUGGCAGCAUGCGAUGUCAUAUUUUUUGUUAUGUGAUGUAACUACUUUCUGUUAGCUAGAAAUUAAGAUUGAAGCUAAACUCUUCUACUGUUCACUUUCAGAAACUAAGAAACAUCCUCACGCCUUUAUUUUGUGUCUGACAUAUCUCAUAAGCACAUCCAACUACUCCUAGGCUGACUAGGUGUCUGCAGGAACACAACCAGUACACACACCACGCAUCACCCCACAACCUGUGACCGUUCUCUGAGCCCGAGGAGGGCAACCUGACAACAAACAAGCUCACUUUCGGUUCCUUCUGAUCCGCAGCCUCAUCAGUAUUUGGACUUUUUAAAGCUCGUAGAAACAAGACAAGGUGCACCAGUUUCAUAGACGCAACCUUAACUUACUAUUUAGAUGAGAUCUUUCUAAAGAAAAAAAGAUGAUAUAUUUUUUGUAAACAAUAUUUCUAUCACAGGCAUCCAUAAACUGAUAUGACUACAGUUGUGCAAACAGGUGUCACAGUGAAGUUAAGCAUUUGGAGGACAAAAUAAAAAGCAAAAUAUGCAGGAAAGAACUGCUAAAUUAAUACUUUAUCAGAGAAUGCCACACGUGCUUCACCCUCUCUGUUCUGUCCAAAAUGAUUGGCUGUAGUCUGGCCCAGUGCUCACAAGGCUGGCUCCGUAGGGCCGGCACCGGCACCACCACUCUGAGGACCUGUGUGGCAUGCUGUCACCGUGAGCUGACCACAACUUGGUUUUGCUUUGGAGGCCAUAGCAGCCUUUAACUUGUGGGAGCCUGUGACAGUUCAAGACCCACCAUCAGAGAAAACAUAAUCCACAAAACUCUCACGCUAGAGGUGAUUACUGAUUUUUCUGCCCUCUUCCCUGUUUCAUUCCUGUCCUUCUUCAAUGUCUUCUCCCAACUGCUGCUCUCUGAUUUUAGUUUCUCUGGAGACAAGCCAGCAAUGUCUUGGUCUUUGGCAUUUGUCUGGCAAAUUCUUUCAUGGGUAACAAUGGGUGGGGUUCUAAAAGUUAAACAGUUUGGGAAUAAACCUUGUAAGUGGCCUUAUCAUUGUUAAUACAUUAGAGAAAAAAAGAGACAUAUGUGAAGAUCUCCCUUUCAGUGCUUCAGGUAUCUUUCUGUACCCAGUAAUUCAAGGUGUGAGCUCCUCAUCAGAAGAGGGACGCCAAAACGCAAAUGAACAUGGACAAAAGCAGCUGAUGGUCAGUCUAAGUGUAUAAUUUAUACUAUUCAGAGCUGUGACAUUCAUUUCUUUCUGGGAGAAAAAUGAUUCAAACUUUUUUGAUGCAUAGAUGAGGUACUCAAAUAUGAAAGGCGGAGACCCCAUGGGGCUCAGGAGAGUGGCAAUCUACUUCCCGAGGUUUUCUGAAUCUAAAUUUGCAUGGUAUAGUCAUAAUAGCUUUUGAGCUUUUUAUAUACAUUUGGCACCAAGACUGGGGAUCCACAACUUUGUAGACACUGCGAUGAAGUUAACAUAAUAGCUAUAAUAUAAAUAGUGUUUGUUACCACACACACACACAACAUACACACACACACACACACACAGAAAUACAUACAUAUAUUCUGUAAAAAAAAAAACUUUUUAAGAUUCUUGGGUAUGUGUUUGCUUUACUCCAUUUCAGAAGAAAAUUACUUUUCUUCUAAUAAAAUUAUUUUAUAGCUUCUCCAUUUUUAAAAGUUGUGAGAAGUAUUGAGAAGAGAACUCCGGCUGUGCUAACAGAAGAGACUUCAGUGCGAUUCUGUUCUGUUAAAAUGACCCCUCCUCUCCCACAGUAAUUACUUGGGCUGUGGUGGGGAAUUUGGAACCCAGACCUCUGACAUGAUGGGAGGUGGCUGUCACCCAUGCCAAGACCUCUGGAGUAAGGAGAGAAAAAUUUGAUUUGAGAUUCAAUGAGAUUUCUUUCUCCACAACCGAAAGUAAUAGACCAUUCAUUUCUCAGUAGUCCUGUCUUUCCAGAGUGCUUCCUUCACAGGGGCUCAGAAUGUACAGAACAGUCUUUCGAUGACAGUCUGAUUGCCCAUCCUCGGGUAUGCCUGAGACCACCCAAGAGUCCCCUGCACAGAGUCCUGCGGAGAAAGACUGAUCAGACUUGAGCCAUCUUUAACACAAGUGUCAAUCCUGUUCGCCAACCCCAGGACUGUGGAGGGGUUUCACUGUCUAUACCAUGAGAAAUUCAUUUCCCCCCUGUCUCCAAUGAAUUAGAAAGUAGAUCACCAUAAUGUUCCCACUAGGUUUUGCAGUGACAUGUCCUUCCGUAGUGACAUAAGUUUCUAGUGCUAGCAUGGGAACCUUGACAUCUUUGGUCCCUCCCGUCAAAGGCACUUCCCUCCCAUCCAAACAUGGAAUUAACAUCUUCACCAAGGAGAUCAUCUCAGAGGUGACACCAUACACAUUUGGGACUGGCUUUAAGGGGACAGACACACUGCCUGUCACUGUUCAUGUUUGGCAUCUACUAGAUAAUCCAUAGGUGUUUGUCCCAACAACAGCAUUUUCUAAGAAGAGAUGUGUCCAACUUCAAAUCUCCUGGCUUGAUAGUAUAAACCAUUCCAUGACUCUUAUUUUGACUUUCUACCUGAAAACCAGUUCACAUUCUGGCCAUUUUAUGUAAGCAAAAAUUGAUAAAUUGGUGAAAUGUUUUGUUCCUCUUGGAAUGGGCUCAGGCUCUCCCCAUGAGCCCCCCAUCAGAGUAACAUUGAAACAUGGGGCAAGGAGCUGGCCAGGUGGAUUGAAAUUUCCCAGGACACUAGCUAGUGUGCCUUGGAUUGCUUACCUCUUCUACUGCAUUGAAAGGUGCCGUGUUUUCCUGAAAUACUAAAUUCCCAACACCUGGGUAAACUACAGCCUCCCUGAGAGUGGCUCACAAACCACCCUGAAGCGCACUUCUCCCUAGGGACAGCCCCGUGAGCCCAUUUUGUCACCCUUGUCUCAUUUUUCUACUUCACAAGUCAGUGAGUGUUUAAGGUAAGUACAGGAUCACUCUGAUAGAAUAGGUGGUUGCUGUCAGGAUCAAUUCCCAUGUCGAUUUCAUUUCAUUGUAAAGAUAAAUUUAAAUCUGGUUUUCCUUAAGCACAUUGAUGUAAUUUUUUGGUAUUAUUUGACGUGAAAAGCAAAACAGCAAAAUUGAGUGAUAGAUACAAUAUGAAACUUGUUGAUGAAUGAAUUCAAAUUUAUUAAAAAAGAACUAACUGA